AUCAUCAACAGUUGUUCUAUAAAUUUCAAUAAUUCUAAAUGAAAAUAAUUCAAAACUUUUUUCUGCUCAUUUAUUUAUUAACUCACUCAAAAUUUCCGGUGAUAAUCGCACAAAUUGCUGACAACGCGGCAAAUAAUAACUAUAAUAAUGGUGUUACGGCUAGUCCAACAAUUGUCAACGUGACAAGUGAACAAACAGUUGAAAAUUUUAAGCUAAAAGGAAAUUUGACGUGCAUUCAUUUCAAUUAUGAUCUGUUCAUGACAUUCUUCAACAGUUCUGCUGAUAUUGAAGAUUUUAUGGCAUCAUCAACGCAUGUUGUGUGUUUAUGGAAGAAGAUUAAUAACACAUUUCAAACAGAACCGCGAGCAUUCACGGAAAUUCGAAGAAUUGAAAUCAGAAAUUCAACAAUUUUUAAAAUUCCAGACAAAAUGUUUGCAAACUUUUCAAAAUUGACUAUUUUUAGAGCUCGUGAUGUGAAGUUACAGGAAGUCCAUCAAAGUGACUUUAUAUCUGCUGACAUCCUUUUCUUCCUGGAUUUAUCAAGAAAUGAGUUAAAGAAACUUGAAAAUGGAAUUUUUAUGAACCUCAAAGGAAUCAAGGAAAUCGAUUUGUCAUCGAAUAAAAUUGAAACAAUCGACGAUGCAGCAUUUGAUGGCCUUGGAAUAAACUUGACGAGAAUCGAUUUGAGUAACAAUAAAAUUAAAGCUUUUAAGGAAGACUUUUUCCUUACAAUGAUAUCGAAUAUCUACAGGAAAUGGUUACCAUUUGAUAUAAAUUUAAGGAACAAUCAAAUUGAAGCUAUUGAGCCAUCAAAAAGGAACGCAACAAUAUUACCGGAAAUUAAUUUACAGCUAAGCGGAAAUAAGCUUAAAAGUCUUGAGCUUUUGAAGAUUGAGUUGUUUGAAAUUGUUUUGAGGAAUUUUACACUUGAGAGUCUUAAUGUCAAUGCCAGUUAUGUUUAUGCUGACAAUAAUAAGCUGGUUACUUAUCGUGUGAAGGGAAAAACGAGGAUUUUGAGUCUUCAAAAUAAUUUAAUUUCGAGUGUUACUUAUGAUGACUACUUGUCAGUCACUAGGAAUAUCUUUUUAUCCGGAAACAAUCUUUCGUGUGAUGCUGUGGCUGAUCUGCUACAAAAAGUUGUGAAUCUAGAAAUCCUCGACAUUUCAAAUAAUCCAAUAAAGUUUCUGAAGAUUGACAUGUUUUCUGAGCUUCUGUUGCUACAAAAAUUGAUGUUAAGUAACACAAGCAUAAAGGACCUGUCAUUUGGUGUCUUUGCUCAUCAACUCAGCUUAAAGCUCCUCGAUAUAUCCUACAAUAAUUUUUCUGACAUCGAUUUUCAUCUUUUCUCUUCUAACACAAAUUUGGAAAUUCUAGACAUAAGUGGAACUAACAUCUCUCAAGUCAAGGAUUGUCGUAAAAUAGGUGAAAUUCUUCCAAAAUUAAAGCUACUCGGUGUUGAUGACAACAAAUGGAAAUGCAAUGCUUUAUCAAAAUUAAAAGUCUGCCUUAAUACGCAAUUAAUAAAAUUAAUGCUGCCUGACCAUCCCACCAAAAAUCAAUCAAAUGUUAUGGGCGUUAAGUGUAUUUAUGACCAAAAUGAUACAAUUUCGACAACUCCUGCAUCUAUAACAUCGACAAUAUCAGUUGACAAUUACGUUAAUGAAAUAAUGGAUAAAAUACAUGAAUUGGAUGUUAAAAUUGUAGCAACAAAACCAUUGGAACCAAAAGGAAUAACAAUGUUGGAAUUAAUUUUGAGCAUUUUAUUAUCAAUUUGUGGAACAUUGUUGGGUCUAUUUGUGUUCAAUAAGGUUAAGGAUUAUUUGAAAAUCAAUCGAUUCCGAAUGCCAAGAAUGUCGCGAAGAGACUCUCCUGAUACAAUUGUCACAUAUGACAGCAAUAUCAUUCGGUAGAGUGGGGAAUUGUUGAAUCAAUUUGUUAAUGAAUAGCUGCUGAUUAAGAAUUGUUUUUAUUUUUGAAUAAAAUAUUGAUUUUUAAUGGAAAUUUAAUAA